AUGGCCAACCGCCGAAGGGGCUGAAACGCAACUGCGGCAACCUACGCGCAACAGCUGCGAUCCGUGCGCCUCUCUCUCUCUCUCUCUCUCUCUCUCUCUCUCUCCAAUCCUCUCUGUUUCUCUCUCUUUCCUCUGACUUCGCUGCCUGCCUCCUCGUCCGUCUCGCCCGGUCCUCUCACUCGAAGAAGACUCCUCUCGCUUCGCUUCCAAGUUCACCCCAAUGGCGACGCAACCGCUUACAUCACCGCGCCGCGCCCGUGCGCCACGCGCUUGAGCGAGAGGCAGAGACCGAGACCGAGAGCACCCACCAACCACGCGCCUUCGCGGCGGCGCAUGGCGGCGCAGGGGCUGGACCAGGUCAUGGCGUUCCUCACGGACCACGGCUUCGCCGGCACGGCCUCCGCGCUCCGUGACGACGUCCUUGCACGCACCGCCGCCGGGGACGAGAGCCACGCCGCCGCAUUAGAUCCCCAUCUCCCUCCGCUCCGGAUGCCCGCCUCCGCCGUCGGUGCUGGCGCUGGCGCUGGCACGCCGGCGCCCGCGAGCCCCGAUUCCAGCUCCGGCUCGGCGUCCUCGUCAGCUUUCGUCAGCAUGCGCUCCACGCCGUCAGGGCUGUUGAAUCCGUAUGGGCUGUGGUCGCCGCGGCAUUCGCAGUCGGACGCGUCUUCAUCCGAGAUGGAGUUUGGUACAGCGCGCCAGUACGACACCACCGACCUCUUCUUCCAAGAGGACUGGCUCUACGACGAUCACCUCUUCCCGAGCAAGCUGGACGAUGAGGAUGACGAAGGCAAAGAGGAGGACAAGUUUGUACUGGAUGCUCACGAUGGCUCGGAGCAGGUAGAGAUAGGCAAGCUUGGUGCAGGCCAUAACCACCGUCAUGAACACAUCGGUGGUGACCGAUGUGAGGGUUGCGCUGAGGUGUACAUAUGCUCAUCGCCACUUUGUGGUUGCUGUGGAGGGGGACUUAAGAAUGACGAGCUUGAUGUGGCGAGGAGCUCAAGCUCCACUGUGUAUGGGAGAUACCAAAUCAUGGAUGACCAGACAGAGAUACUGGAUGAUUGUGCACAGGAUGGGUUUCAGUUGAAGCAGAGUGGAGAUAUUAUGUUUGAAUGCGGUAUGCCGAGGGAUCCUGGACGAGGAGAUGAUGAUUCAGAGCUGAGUGUUAUGGAGAAGGAGCUUGAAAUGCUCAGUUCAUUUGAUACAGAUGCUGUUGUGAAUCACGGUGUACAUGAUUUCACGGACAAUGGUGAGCUCAAUGGCAGCUGUGACAAAAAUCUGAAAAGCGGCAUUGAUAAAGAAUAUCCGAAAGGUCGUAGGAUACAGCCAUUCCCUGAAAGUGGUGAUCCUGAUGAAGCAUAUGAGUUUCAAAAUGUUGGAUUAUUAAAUGCAGAUGUUCAACAUUCUACUGCUCUUAAAGCUGAGGAAGAUGCCGAGACAAAUAUUGAUCUUGCUCUCUCUGAUUUUCACCGAGAAUAUGAGGUAUUUGAAUUGAGAAUUAUCCACCGCAAGAACAGGACUGGCUUUGAAGAAAACAAAGAUUUCCCCAUUGUCUUAAAUUCAGUUGUUGCUGGAAGGUAUUAUAUCACUGAAUAUCUAGGCUCGGCUGCAUUCAGCAAGGUUGUGCAAGCACAUGAUCUUCAGACAGGAAUGGAUGUUUGCCUUAAAAUAAUUAAAAAUGAUAAGGAUUUCUUCGACCAGAGCUUGGAUGAGAUAAAACUUCUGAAGUUCGUGAACAAAUAUGAUCCACUAGAUGAGCACCAUGUGUUGCGCCUCUAUGACUAUUUCUACCAUCAGGAACACCUUUUUAUUGUCACUGAACUACUGCGAGCAAAUCUAUAUGAGUUUCAGAAAUAUAAUCAGGAAUCUGGUGGUGAGGUGUAUUUUAAUUUGCCUAGGAUACAGGUUAUAGCUCGGCAAUGUUUAGAGGCCUUGGUUUACUUGCACCGUUUGAGGAUCAUUCAUUGUGACCUAAAGCCAGAAAAUAUUCUUAUCAAAAGCUACAGUAGAUGUGAAAUUAAAGUCAUUGAUCUGGGAAGCAGUUGCUUCUUGACAGACAACUUAUGCCUCUAUGUCCAAUCACGCUCUUAUCGAGCUCCUGAGGUCAUUCUGGGCCUACCUUAUGAUCAGAGGAUUGACAUUUGGUCUCUUGGUUGCAUCCUUUCUGAACUGUACACUGGUGAAGUAUUAUUUCCUAACGAACCUGUGCCCAUGAUGCUUGCUCAAAUGAUUGGGAUAAUCGGCCCAAUUGACAUGGAAAUGCUAGAAUUGGGGCAGGAGACACAGAAGUAUUUCACUGAUGAUUAUGACCUUUUUACCAAGAAUGAGACAGAUCAGCUAGAGUAUUUGAUCCCAGAAAAAUCCUCCUUGCGACGACACUUACAAUGUCCUGAUUCAGAAUUUGUUGAUUUUCUGUCUUAUCUGUUGCAAAUUAACCCCAGGAAAAGACCUACAGCUGAUGAAGCACUACAGCAUCCAUGGCUUUCUUUUGCGUACUAAUGAGAAGCCAUCCGGUGCUUUCUUCACAUAUAAGGAUGAGUUUGUCUCCUAAUUUGGAGCCCUCAUAAAGUUAUUGAAAAAUAUCGAUUUUCUUGGAGUUUCUCUUAAUUAACGUGAAUCAUUACUCUUUUCCUACAUUUUUAGAAGAGCCCUCCUUUUGUGGGGGCAGGUUUUGUGUAUUCAGGGUAAUUCUUGGUGUGAACCCCUGAUCUGUGAGUGAUUCAUGAGUGUAUGUAAAUAUCAGAAAAUUUUCCGCGGUGUAUCUGUACAGUUGAAAGCCCACUCUUGUACUCAAUCUGAUCCGUUAAUGAUAACAUGAGAAAAUAUUGUCCAAUGUUUCAUCA